UGGGGGACAGCCGGUGCCACCUCUGAGAGACUCCGCGAGGAGAGCCGCUGAGAGCCUCCGGCGGCCCCACCCUCUGGGGGCUCGGGCCCAGGGCCAGGGAGGGCCGGAGCUUCCUGAGGGAGGGGUGGCCUGGCCUGUACAAACUUCUGCCCCCCACCCCCGUGUUCUCCACUUCAAAAAACAAAGCAAAACCACCUCAGCCUGGAUUCUGAGCGCGGUCGUUGGUUAUCAGGUGCUGUUGGGAACACAGAGGAAGUGACUGGCUGGGGGUUCAGGGAAAGCUCCGUAGAAGAGGGAACACUUGAGCUGGGUCUUGAAGGAUGAGUAGAAGUUCACCAAGUGGGAAAGGACACUCUAGAUGAGGAAAAUGAAGGCUCAGAGAGCCAGUGCCCAACACUGCAGCACAGCACUCCCUCCUGUUUCCCCAUCUGUGUGGCCAGAAACAAAGUGCUUCUCUCCUGGUGCCCUAGCUUCUUCCUCUGUGAAAUGGGGAUGAAGAUUUUCCCUGCUUCCUGGGGCUCUGGAUGGCCGAGCCUCGAUUUAACAACCCCUACUUCUGGCCCCCUCCUCCCACCAUGCCCAGCCAGCUGGACAACCUGGUCCUGAUUAACAAGAUCAAGGAGCAGUUGAUGGCGGAGAAGAUCCGGCCGCCUCACCUGCCGCCCACGUCGGCCUCGUCGCAGCAGCCGCUGCUAGUGCCGCCGGCGCCGGCCGAGAGUAGCCAGGCCGUCAUGUCGCUGCCCAAGCUGCAGCAGGUGCCGGGGCUGCACCCGCAGGCCGUGCCGCAGCCCGACGUGGCGCUGCACGCGCGGCCGGCCACCAGCACGGUCACAGCGGGCCCCACCGCCAGCCAGAUGCCUGUGCCUCUCUCCCCCCUCCCUCCUGCCUCUCAGAGAUGCCCAAGAAUCAUGGGGCCUGGUCUGGGGCUCUCCUCCCGGACCCCGGCUGUGAGCACGUCCGAGUCGAGCGCGGGCACGGGUACCAGCACCCCGUCCACACCCACCACCACCAGCCAGAGCCGCCUCAUCGCCUCGUCCCCCACCCUCAUCUCAGGGAUCACCAGCCCCCCCCUCCUGGACUCCAUCAAGACAAUCCAGGGCCACGGCCUGCUUGGCCCCCCCAAGUCCGAGCGCGGCCGAAAAAAGAUCAAGGCGGAGAACCCAGGAGGGCCGCCUGUCCUCGUAGUCCCCUAUCCCAUCCUGGCCUCGGGCGAGACUGCCAAGGAGGGCAAGACAUACAGGUGUAAGGUAUGCCCGCUGACCUUUUUCACCAAGUCCGAGAUGCAGAUCCACUCCAAGUCGCACACAGAGGCCAAGCCCCACAAGUGCCCACACUGCUCCAAGUCCUUUGCCAACGCCUCCUACCUGGCCCAGCACCUGCGCAUCCACCUGGGCGUCAAGCCCUACCACUGCUCCUACUGUGAUAAGUCCUUCCGACAGCUCUCCCACCUCCAACAGCACACCAGAAUCCACACAGGCGACAGACCCUAUAAGUGCCCACACCCUGGCUGCGAAAAGGCUUUCACUCAGCUCUCCAACCUCCAGUCUCACCAGCGCCAGCACAACAAGGACAAGCCCUACAAGUGUCCCAACUGCUACCGGGCCUACUCGGACUCCGCCUCCCUGCAGAUCCACCUCUCGGCCCACGCCAUCAAGCACGCCAAGGCCUACUGCUGCAGCAUGUGCGGCCGGGCCUACACCUCGGAGACCUACCUGAUGAAGCACAUGUCCAAACACACGGUGGUGGAGCACCUGGUGAGCCAUCACUCGCCCCAGAGGACGGAGUCCCCCGGCAUCCCGGUGCGAAUUUCCCUCAUCUGAGCCGACCCAAGGCGCCGCCCCGCCCUGCCCACUGGCAGACACAGACCCAGGCAGCACCAGGCCCCAACUCCCUCCAGGGGCCGUCCAGGAACAGCCAAGCUCUCUCACGACCUUCCAGAAAGCCUGGGCCGCAGAAACCCUGCCCGGUCCAGCUCUGGGGGCGGCCAGGCCAACUGCAAGAUUCUGGACUGUUUUGGUGGCAUCCAAAGACGAUCUCAGAGCACUUUGAACCUCUCUGCUGGGUUUUCCUUUUGUUCCCCACCCUUCACUUGCUUCACUGUUUUUGUUUUUGUUUUUGUUUUAAGUUUGUUUUGGAAAGAACAAAAAAAGAUAUUUAUUGGCCAAGAAGUUGGUGCUGCUAAGACCGAGAAAUUAAAAGAACCGGACAGAUGGACACAGAGAACCAGAGGGCAGCGUGGGACCUUCUCUUGCCACAGCCUCAGGUCUUGAGGGGAAGGCUCAAGCCUGGGUUUCUGGACUGCAAAGGGGCCCCCAGGUGGGAGGGGCAGGAGGCAGCUGGAGUGAGCCACUUGGCCUUGGGUGCCAGCUUGAGCCUUCAGAGCUGCGCCCUGGGCAUCACUGAGCAGAGGGAUGUGGCAGCUACCUGGGCUGCCCAGGCUCCAGGAGAUGAAACGAGAGGGGCCGGGAGGUCUGCAGGACCAAAGGGUGCAGUGUUGGCUGGGCUGGGCGCAGGCCCAGGGAAACAGGGUGGGUGUGGGCUGGGUAAGACCUGGCACCCCCGCUGCCCUGAAGACCACCCCAGUCUACCUCGGUGCUGGCCAAGAAACCUAUUGGCUACCUCUCCCACCAUCCCAGACUGUGGGCAGGGGGAGGGAGUGGGCCUGGGGCAAGGACCCCCCUCCAGAAUUCCCUCCAGACGGGGCAGUGCCCAAGGAGGGGUUACUUGUCUUCCCUGCCAUGGAGGGGAAUCCCCAGCCCAGGCCCUAGGCCCCUCGGCAGGGAAGGGAUCCUCGGGGAGGAGGGUCCCAGGAGCAGACCCUGCCCUCAGCCCCCACAGACACACCCCAAUCUGAAAGCCAUGCGUGUCCAUGUAUAUAGGAACUAUGUACAGAGCCCGGAGAAGCCCCCCCCACAUCCCCCGGGGGAAAAAAAAAAAAACUAGACAGAAACUCAUCUAUAUAUUCUGUAUCUGGAGUUCCGUUUUGAAUAUUAACUGUGUUAUUUUUAUACACUUUUUAAGCCUUAACUCGCUGUUGAUUUACCAGUUUAACGUCUCCUGGGGUUUCUUUUCCCAUGGGGUUCUCUGCCCCGCCCCCACCCCUUUGUUUGACUUGCGUCGUCUGAUACUCAGUAUUGUAGCUUUUCGUCCGCAUGUUACUACCCUGUAAAUACGCUGUUAUACAUACUGUUAACACCCCUUUGCUUUUUUCUAUGGGACCUCCAGGCCACCAUAUUUAGAACUAGUUACCUUAUUAAAAAAGAGAAAACAGUC